CAUGUGUCCCUGUGCAAAAUCCACCCCAAAUAACAUGUGGGACAAAUGUAGCAACAUUGUCUUGGACAAAAUCCUUAGGUGCAGACAGCUACAACUGCAGUGUUACUGCCCAUGAGGAAAAGACACAUUUCUGUUCUACAGAAAACCAAGAGUGCAGUAUUAAUGGACUAAUGUGUGGUCGUAUAUACAGAGUAACUGUUUCAGCCAUCAAUGCUAAAUGCAGCAGCCCACUGAGUGCACCUGCUAAUCUGACAACAGUGCCCUGCCAGCCACAAAAUGUUACUGCACACAUUGAUUGCUCAAGGUCUGUGGCCCAUAUAAGCUGGGAUUCAGCCCCUGGAGCUCUGCACUAUACAUCCACAUUGAGGACAUCAGAAGGGACGGAGCUCAUGUGUAAUAGCACUGAUCUGACCUGCGAGAUCAAUGGCUUGCAGUGUGGGCAGGUGUACACUGUGACAGUGAUGGCAUUUAAUGAUUAUUGUGCAAGCACACCCAGUUUUCCAGUAGAUUUGCAUUCUGUCCCUUGUGUGCCCAGUGAAGUUCAUCCUGAGGUCAGCUGUGAAUCUAACAUAGCCACUGUGCAAUGGGCUGUAGCCAAAGGAGCUGUGAAUUACACUGUAACAGUCACUGGGCCACUUACAGAGAAGUAUCAUUGUCAAACAGCCAACACAUCAUGCGGUUUCCCACAGCUUUCCUGUGGUUUGGAAUACAAUGCUUUGGUUGUUGCUGUGGGACACACAUGUAGCAGUGAUGAAAGUGCCGUGGCUAUAUUUCAUACUGUUCCAUGUAGAACGACAGACCUAAAUAUGCAAUAUAAGUGCAAUGAUGACAAGGCGGAGCUCUCCUGGAAAGCAGCCCUUGGAGCAUUAGGGUACACAGCUACUGUCAGCACACAAGGCAUAGAAAUUGUGAACUGCAGCACAAGAGAAACAAGCUGUAUCAUCGAUGGGAUAAAAUGUGGGCAGAUAUACACUAUGACUGUGGAAACCUUCGGUGUAAAUUGCAACAACAACGUCACCUCAACAGUGACCUUUCCUACAGCUCCCUGUGUCCCUGAGCAGCAACCCCCACAGUUCAGUUGUGAUACCAACACUGCAUCAUUGUCUUGGGGCAGAACACUAGGAGCAGCAAGAUAUAUCUCCAAUGUCACUGCUCCAAAUGUGGAGACACUCACCUGUGAGACCAACGACAUGACUUGCAAUAUUACAGAUUUUCAUUGUGGGCAGGUAUACACUGCAACCGUCUCAGGCAUCAACACUCAGUGCAGAAGCCUACAAAGUCUCCCUACUACAGUCGUUACUGUUCCAUGUCAGCCGCAGAAUGUGACUGCUAAAAUAGACUGCACUUCUUUUGCUGCCUCUGUGAGUUGGGAUAUUGCCCCAGGAGCCCUGAGAUACUCAGCAACAUUAAAGGCAUCUGGAGGAGAGAAACUGAUGUGUAACAGCACUGAACUUGGCUGUCAGGUGAAAAACCUGCAGUGUGGACAGAUUUACGCUGUAACUGUAACCGCUUUUAAUGAAUUAUGUCAGAGUGUAUCCAGCUCUCCAAUAGAACUUGAAUCAGCUCCAUGUGCCCCAGAAAAUGUUAUUGCAGUGACAGACUCUGCUUUAAACACUGUAACUCUUUCAUGGGAUGAAGUGGUCAGUGCUCAGAGUUUUACAUCUUAUUUAACUGGACCAGAUAAUUGGAUUAAAACUUGCUCUAACACGCUGCCAACCUGUAACAUUACUGGACUACCUUGUGGACUGGAAUUAUCUGCAACCGUAUCUGCUGCUAAUAGCCAAUGUGUUGGGCCUUUGAGUAAUCCUGUCAAGGUUAUAAGUGGCCCUUGUACCCUAUUAAAUGUGAUUGCUGAGAUUGACUGUGUUUCUAACACUGGACUCGUUUCAUGGGACAGCAGCCCGGGGGCUGAGAAUUACAAAGCAAUAGCAAAUGGGACAGCUGAAGACUUUCAUACUUGCAAUUCAACAAGCACUUCCUGUGACUUCAUUGGCUUAAAAUGUGGGACUACAUAUUCUGUUGUUGUAAUAGCAGCCAAUGAAAACUCCAGCAGCCAGCCAAGUUCUCCAGUGGAACUGAAGACAGCUCCAUGUGUCCCUGUGCAAAAUCCACCCCAAAUAACAUGUGGGACAAAUGUAGCAACAUUGUCUUGGACAAAAUCCUUAGGUGCAGACAGCUACAACUGCAGUGUUACUGCCCAUGAGGAAAAGACACAUUUCUGUUCUACAGAAAACCAAGAGUGCAGUAUUAAUGGACUAAUGUGUGGUCGUAUAUACAGAGUAACUGUUUCAGCCAUCAAUGCUAAAUGCAGCAGCCCACUGAGUGCACCUGCUAAUCUGACAACAGUGCCCUGCCAGCCACAAAAUGUUACUGCACACAUUGAUUGCUCAAGGUCUGUGGCCCAUAUAAGCUGGGAUUCAGCCCCUGGAGCUCUGCACUAUACAUCCACAUUGAGGACAUCAGAAGGGACGGAGCUCAUGUGUAAUAGCACUGAUCUGACCUGCGAGAUCAAUGGCUUGCAGUGUGGGCAGGUGUACACUGUGACAGUGAUGGCAUUUAAUGAUUAUUGUGCAAGCACACCCAGUUUUCCAGUAGAUUUGCAUUCUGUCCCUUGUGUGCCCAGUGAAGUUCAUCCUGAGGUCAGCUGUGAAUCUAACAUAGCCACUGUGCAAUGGGCUGUAGCUAAAGGAGCUGUGAAUUACACUGUAACAGUCACUGGGCCACUUACAGAGAAGUAUCAUUGUCAAACAGCCAACACAUCAUGCAGUUUCCCACAGCUUUCCUGUGGUUUGGAAUACAAUUCUUUGGUUGUUGCUGUGGGACACACACAUGUAGCAGUGAUGAAAGUGCCGUGGCUAUAUUUCAUACUGUUCCAUGUAGAACGACAGACCUAAAUAUGCAAUAUAAGUGCAAUGAUGACAAGGCAGAGCUCUCCUGGAAAGCAGCCCUUGGAGCAUUAGGGUACACAGCUACUGUCAGCACACAAGGCAUAGAAAUUGUGAACUGCAGCAC